GAGCUAAGUAGGUAGCCUUCGAGUAAUUACCAUAAAAGGGGUUGAUAUGUGCCUACCCAAUCCAUUCCUCGCAAUGCGCAAAUUCCUAAAAUUUUUAUUCUCCAUAGCAUUUUCAAAACCCAAUCGAGAGAAACCCAAGCCUCCAGAGAACAUGUCAGCCUUGCUAGAACUCCCAGUCGACAUGGUCCUAGCCAUCUCAAAACAUCUCGACGUGGAAGACAGGACCUGCCUCGCCCUAACCUGCAAAGACCUGUACUACGUCCUAGGCAUCCCGAAAAAGACGCGGUUCGACCGAUCCGCGAAAGAGUCUCUCCUCUGCCGGCUAGAAAAGGACGUUCCCGGGGUAGUCUACUGCUACUUCUGCAACAAGAUCACGCCUUUCAGCCGGAGAUGGAUGAUGCAUAUCGGGCAUGCCGAUACCUCCACAUAUCGUGCGAUAGGGGGCGUAUAUAGAUCUCGUUUAGACGGGUUUCAUAUCUUCAACUCGGGAUUCGUACUGCCUCACCAUUGGGCAAGACUUGUGACAAACUACAGAAUUAUUGGACCUCAGCACGGUUGGCCCCCCUCUUACUUAUCCUAUCAGUACCCUCGUUAUGAAGCUUCAACCCCCUGGCCCCCACAAUUCUCGUCCUUAUACCAUCAAGUAAGAUUUCAAGACGAUACCUUCUACACAUUCCUUGCCCUCGGGGACCUAAAGGAGUCGCCUAAUGUAUGUGCGAGGGAUUCAUGGAGGGCUAAAUUAAUAGGAGAUGAGCUUUUCUUAUCUUCCAGGCGCAGAUGGGUGCACUCACGGGCAGAUAGCCAAACCUUGCAUGAUUACCUUACGAGUGGAUUUAUUGAAGUGUGUCAGCACGCAGUUAUUGACACAGGAAGUUCAAACGGCCUUAACCUACCUACCAUCGACGGAAGCCUGUCUAGAAAGUCCGGUCAUCGCAGCACAGGGUCAUGUCAGUACUGUCUUACGGACUGGGAUGCUUCUAUGGAAUGGAUUAGUUCAGUUUACGGGUGGAUGAUUACCGUUACGACAUAUCAUGACUUUGGCAGUUGCCGUUCGCCCUACCAUUGGAAAUGGCAAGCCAUGACUCUCAGGCGCGAAAUAACAGAAAAUCGGGAUAAGCCUAGCGGUGCCGUGAAAAGCGAAUGGCUGAGGAAUUAGAGGGGUUGGUGGACCUACUUUUCAAGUGACCGUAGGCAAUGUCAUGAGAAAGACCCAGACUCAGUAUAUGAAGAGAGGAUGAAGAUGUUGUAGGAAUACGGUAUAUAUACAAGAAAAGCCCUUUGUCUACUACCUAGUACCAAGCACCCUUCUACACCAUCACCCCUCCCACAAG